UUUCACAGAGCAGUGAUGCCAACUUCGCUGUCACUGACUGACAAACACACAAACGCCCACUGAGAAGGGCAGGCAGAGCACUUGGGGCAAUAAGUGACCACCGUCAGACAUUCUGCAUAAGGCUGAGACACAAGUGGACCUGUCUUCAAUGACCAGAGUCAUGUCACCUUCACAACCCUGGAGACACUUUCUUCUCUUCCAGGUGGUCUACCAUCUGAUCCAACUGGAUGGGUUCCUCCUGUUGGAUGGAAGCAAUCAGCUGAAGGUGGUCGUGAAGGGAGCCAGGGGGCUGCACGGCGACCCGGCGGGUAAGACAGACGCUUACGUCAAAGUAUCGUACGGCUUCACUACCAAAAUGACGCCUUACAUCGAGGAAAAUGACAACCCAGAGUGGAACCACAACUUCGAUUUCGGCAAAGUCGUUCCCGGCUACAAGCUGGAGUUCGAUGUCUUUGACAAGGACGUCUUCUUCGACGACUGGCUGGGCCGCUGCGUGGUGCCGGUCAGUAAUAACAGCACUGAGAGCUGCGCUUUGGUGGGAGGGGGCACAUUGCACUAUGGGUACUCCAUCUUGUAACUGGCUGGCCUACAAACUCAGAAAGCCUUCCAUGGAAGACGCCCCCUCAUGAAAUCUUUGAGAAUUUGAUGUCAUUUCUUCGAGAUUUUAGUCUCUCUAAUGGCAAAGUGUUGAAUAAAUUAAAUUUAAAUAGAAGAA